UAAAAUGUCGAUUGAGGCCUCUUGUGGGUGGUGAGCGGUGACUGGUGAGAGGAGACUUUAAAGACUGCAGAAUAAAAAUAGAGCUGGCUGGAUCCCCGGAUAGUUAACGGUUUACUACGGACAGCAAUGCAGGGAGGAUCAACAGGCAUCGGCUAUGGUCUCAAGUACCAGGCCCGAUGCAUUGCAGAUGUCAAGGCAGAUACAGACAACACCAGCUUCAUUGCUGGUACUCUCAGUCUCAAGGAAGAAAACGAGGUACACUUGAUACGGCUUUCUUCGUCUGGAACGGAACUCAUUUGCGAGGGUUUAUUUUCACAUCCUAAUGAGAUCUGGGAUCUCUCAUCCUGCCCCUUCGAUCAACGAAUAUUCUCCACCGUUUACUCUUCUGGUGAAUUAUUUGGAGCAGCUGUUUGGAGAAUCCCCGAGUUAUAUGGCCAAUCGAAUUCUCCACAAUUGGAACAACUAUUUUCGCUAGAUGCACAUGCUGGGAAGAUCAAAAGCAUUCUUUGGUGGCCAUCUGGAAGGCAUGAUAAGUUGAUUAGCAUUGAUGAAGGAAAUGUUUUCUUGUGGAGUCUGGAUUAUUCAAAAAAGACUGCACAGGUACAAUCACAGGAAUCUGUUGGUAUGCUGCAUAGCUUAUCUGGUGGAGCAUGGGAUCCACACAACCAGAAUGCUGUUGCUGCUAUUUGUGACUCAUUGAUACAAUUUUGGGAUAUCCGAACAAUGAAGAAAACAAAUUCAAUUGAGCAUGCCCAUGUUCGCAAUGUGGAUUAUAAUCCUAAGAAACACCAUAUAAUUGUUACUGCAGAGGAUGAGUCUGGGAUAUGCAUAUGGGAUCUUAGAAUGCCAAAGAUUCCUAUCAGUGAGCUUCCAGGGCAUGCACACUGGACCUGGGCUGUACAGUUCAACCCCGAGUAUGAUGAACUGAUUUUGAGUGCUGGAACAGACUCAGCUGUCAAUUUAUGGUCAGUUUCUUAUGGUAGCAGUGAUGGUUCAACAUCGGAAAGUUUGUUACAUCCACUUUCUCGGCGCGUAGAUCCAUUGCUCAACUCAUAUAGUGACUACGAAGAUAGUGUUUAUGGCCUUGCUUGGAGCUCUCGGGAACCUUGGAUUUUUGCAUCAUUGUCCUAUGAUGGCAGGGUGGUUGUAGAAUCAGUCAAGUCCCAUCUCCCAAAAAAUUGAAGAUUAACAUUUUGGCACUCUUUUCUGGGCACAACAUUUUGAACUCCCUAAUGUGAACUCAGCACUGCAAAUCUCACAACAUCCUUAUGUCUUGCUCUUUAUCUUUUCUUGAACUUUACCCUUGAAGCAUGCUGCCCUAGCACAUGGAUCACCUGACCAAAUUUUGGUUUCUUAUUUCAGAAAAUGUGUUUGGAUUUCGUCCAGAUUGGUUUGUUGGUUUUUCUUGAAGAGAAAUGGUUAUAGAAUGCAUGUCGGGAAGUAAAAUAUUUCUGAUAUAUGUAUUUUGGGAUUAAAAGUAGAAUGUUUCCUAUCGAAGAAAAGGCUUUAUUGUUAUUGUUGUUUCGUAUCGAAGAAUUGUUAGAUUAGCUCACUGCUUCUAAUGGAACCGAAUUUCCUGUGAA